AUGGACACUUGGCGCAGAGGGGACAUCUGGCGUAGAGGAUCCAUCAGAUCCUCUGGUUUCUUCAAGCGUCUCUCAUUCAGAAGGCAAAAGAAGUUGGGCAACCAAGUCAUCAUCCUGAAUCAGAACAGUCAAACACUAGACACCAAUGGACAAUACAACAAACAGGAGCUGCUAAGAGACUUGAAAGGGAAAUCAGAUUAUUUAUCAUGUCAGAGUGAGCAAAACCUGGCCACCAAGCCACAGCCACCACCUAAGCCACCUCGGCUGUAUCUGGACAGUGCCAGCUGCCCUAACAUAAUCAACCACACGAAUUCUUCCUCUACAGACAUUUGCUUUCCAAGUACUUCCCGCCAUUCCCAUAAGGCUACUCAAACACCACUGGACCUAGUUUGUAAGGAGGAAGCAUUGGACUGGUGGUCCUCUGAAACCACCACCCAGCAUGGUAAGCUUCUUCCUGACCCAUCAGACCCCUUCCUUUCCUUCACACUGGACCUGGGACCUUCACUCCUUGAAGAUAUUCUGCAGACUCUCAGAAAACAGAAUUUACAACUAAAUUUCUAGCUUAAACAGAGGAAUGAAACAUACUGGCUCUUCCUCACUGGUACACAUCCCAAGCUGCAUCUUGUCCUUUCUCGCCAGGCUGCUGUAGUACACUAGCAGAUGAGUGUACCACCUGUUGGAAACUAAUACCACUUUCAUUCUUCUAACUUUUCUAAGAGUUGCCCUGCUCCAAAUUCUGAUGAGCAGGCAAGAUGCUUGGUUAAUUUGGGCCAUAAAGGAAUUUCUAUGUGCAAUAUGUGCAAAAGAGUGGGGUCUGUAUGAUGCUACAUGAGAUACAAUAGAAGGAACAUGUGUGUUAGUCUGGAUCAUACUGCAACUGCCUAAGUUAUCUAGUAUCCCAAAACCAAUGCUGCUACACAUGAAACUACUUAAGAUACAGAGCUUUGAACUAUGCUUAAGUAUACAUUAUAUGAAGAUUAUCUUCCUUUGUGUCAGCAUAUAUUUCCCUCAUUAAUUCUAACUAAUGGGUAUAUUUAAAAUGUUGGAAAGCUAUACUGUAAAGCAAUUGUUGUUUCUAUUAAUAUUCAUCAUGAGGGAAAGGAGCUAUAUUACAACUGCUUCUGCAACAUCUUAUGAACAAACCACUGUAAAAUGUGAAGAGAAUAUCAAUUUUAGUUCUUAUUAAAAGUAUUUACUAUA